AUGGAUCUGCAAGAAACCGAAAUUUUUACGCAAGAACACCAACCGAUCGCUUCGACAUCGACAGCGGCCCCGACAAAACCAAAACAAACCACGCUGAAAAAAAGGCCAAACGCCAAACUGGGGUUUACUUCCGCUCCGCACCACCAACCGAAAAAAACGAAACAACCGUCGAACCAAGUUAUCGAGUUGGUGGAUUCGGAGGACGAGACAACGGACAGGACAUGGCGAGAAAUGCAGUCGACAACACUGUUAAACCUACCCGUGAAAACCAUAGUCGAUUUGGCCGACUUUACUCAUUUUUCGGGCUUCAUGGAAGUGUUGCUCACCGAGGACGUGCCGAUCGAGUCUCUGAUGUUGAUGCCGACAGUCGCGGUGGUAAUAAUGAUGGCCAUAUUUGUCAACAAGAACCCGAUGCCGAACAUUUCCAAGGCCGAAAUAUUGGCGACGUUGUUAAAUUUCCAGCUUUGGAAAUGCCCGACAUUGAAUGUAAUGCAAGAUCUCAAGACGAAGUUAUACUCGAUCCCGGUGUGCCGCAUUCCAAACACCGACGACUCGUCGAACCUGUUCGACACAUACAUGAUCAUUUUGGGCCAGAUUUACUGGAAGACAACCGACUGCUUGGAGAACACGCCGCUGAGUUGCAUCAGCGAUAUCUGGGAAGCCGUUCCGCCUACCUCACGGACAUAUGUGUCCCUGAGGGACGCGAAGAGUUUGUUAAACUUUAUGCUGAACUCGCGGUGGGACUCCAGCAGUGCGAUCAGACAACCAGAGAGCAGUUCAGAAUUAUAUCGGAACACGGCGACCACGUCCACGUCGUGCACGCCUGCUCUUACUCAAACUCAGCUUGUCGCUGUGCCUGGCUCCGUCAUAGCACCGUCUGGAGGGCACGGCGACGAGUUAGAUAUCGACGACGAGUUUUCCUCGCUGACCUCAAAACUGUCGACUGGGAGAAUAUCAUUAGAUAUUUCUCUGCAAAAGGAUACUCAGUCAAAAACAGCGAAGGCCCACGUAAUUAUGGAGGAUUACGUGUACGAAUUGAAAAUGUACAAGAAGGAGGAUAUCCGGAACUUGGAUCGCUCUCAGUGGUACACCCGUGUCCACGUGAAGGCGGUGGGGACGGUCAAGCAGGGACAUCCGACGAAAAAAAAAUUAGACGGUCUGGUUGGAGAUCUGAUGGCGGAUUUAAAAACGAAAUCCAAUUUACGGAUGGAGAAGAGCUACACCUAUGGCCAGAAACAUUAGAACAAUUAUUGCUAACAUAUCCUUGCUGCCCGCCAGACGCUUUUUUUAAUAUAAAAGAAUUUUACAAUAACCCCAAACUUAAUUUUCUCGACGAUACUUCCAAAAAAGUUAGGGUCGCCCUUCGCAAUUGGUGUGCUCGUAUCGCCGAAUGGACGAUAUCGGAUUUCGACAAUUUUUACAAUACCCCCGGCAUCUUUCCCUAUUUUAACGCGUACGCUC